AUGGAGGCACGCUCGGACGGGACGUUGCGGCUCAGCCUUGCCUUCGGGUCCAAUUGGCGAGCAGACGCGAAGUACGACGGCGACUUGGCCAGAUUUCAUUACAGAUGGGACUGGGAGGGCGAAGGGUCGAAUGGAGGUCAGUUGAACGCUUGCGCGGUAGCAGGGAAUCCUGCUGCGAAGGAUAUCCUCUCUAGACCGCUCGUCAAGCGCAGGAGAGAAGCCAAUUUCCUCUGGGCGGAAUGGCUGGUUCAGUGUGAUCGCGAGCAUGCACGUUGCGUGGUGGAAGCGGACGUCAUGCCCGGGCGUCUGCUGUUUCUGGGCUCGAACGAUUCUGAAGAGUGUGCCUUCCGACUGGUUGAUAGCGCACCUGGUGAGAAGCUUCAGUAUGCCGCGCUAAGUUAUUGCUGGGGAGGUGACCAGCCCUACAUGACCACAAAAGAGAACCGACAAGCGUAUUAUCAAGAAAGCGGCAUCCCGCACGACGCCCUGGCGCCGUUCAAAACAAUCACCGAUGCCAUCUACGUCGCGCGGCUCCUCAACCUAUCCUACCUAUGGAUCGACUCCCUCUGCAUCGUCCAGGACGACAACGAGGACAAGGGGCGCGAGAUCGGCAAGAUGCAGGACAUCUACGCCGGGGCGUACGUGACCAUCUCAGCCGCGUGCGCCGCAACCUGCAGAGACGGCUUCCUCGACUCGAUGUUCGACGACGACGACACUUCUCAAGACGACUUCGAGAUGGACUACCCCUGCAUCGACGGCACCGUCGGCGCCGUCUUCCUGACCAAGGACCAGAUGAUCUCGCACCGCGACCCGCAGCCCAUCGACGCGCGCGCCUGGACCUUCCAGGAGUACUUUCUCUCCCCGCGCGUCCUCGUCUUCGAGCGCCGCAAGGUGCGCUGGUCGUGCUUCACCGCUGUCCACGAGGACGGCGGCCACGACAACGACUCGGGCUUCAGGCUGCUCAACUCGGGCAAGCUGGCGCAGCUGAGCGCCGACGAGCUCGACCAGGAGUGGACGUGGGCCGUCGAGCGCUUCGCGCAGCGGUACUUGACCGUGCAGUCGGACAAGCUGCCUGCCAUGGCUGGAGUCGCUGCGCGGUUCUCUCCUCGCUUCGGAGGAUCGCGGUAUUGUGCUGGAAUAUGGGAGGCGCGGCUGGCGCAGCAGCUGGCGUGGGACGUGUCGUGGGGCAAUGUCAGGAGCACGAGGCCGUCCUACCGCUUGCGCGACGCAGCACCGACGUGGUCGUGGGCGUCGAUCGACGGCUUGAUCAUGUUCGCCGGGCACAAUGGCGGCGGCGUGGAGGUUCGGAGGCUGGAGUUUGAAGACUACGAGAGGACGCUGGUCUCGGAUGAUGCACCCUUUGGCGCUGUGUCGGCGGCAACGCUUGUUGUGAGGGCACGCGUGCGGCGUGUGGCGCGGGCGUCGGCAUAUUCUAUUCGUCCGGAUGCGAAUUUGCGAGGAUUCAGUGGAUAUCAUGCGACCAUUCGGGGCGAUGUUAGAGAUGAGGUGGAGUCCAUCCAGGAGGAGAAGAAGGAACUUCGAUGUUUGGAGACGAGCACGUAUGUGUGGACUAAUGCUCGUAAAGAGACGUAUUUGUUGAGCAAAGGCUUGCUCGUCGUGCCUGCGGGUAAGAAAUCUUUCAAGCGUUUGGGUACCUUCGAGAUCUCCUGUCCCAUUGAGACAUGUCGCGAAGGUGGCAGCGCCAAUCCGGACUUGGGCCUUGAGAGUGAGUGCCAAACCUCGGAACGGCAGCAAGACGAGCAACGUUGGAUCGACAGGUACUGGUUUGUGGAUUGCAAGUUACAUGUAAUUGAGCUGGUUUGA